GCCGGACGGUCGGCAGGUCAGAACGACCGCGGCCGGUGACGAGAGUGGACAGACGGCAGCGGCACGAGUGGACCGUGCCACCCACUCCGGUGGUGAGUGAGGUGGAGUGUGAGCGAGUGUGGACAGUGAGGAGUGUGAUCAUCCCUGCAGCGACAGAAGAUAUCAAUUGUAGGGAGAGGACGGCUGAAAGGCUUCAGCGAAAUCACCGGCACUGCCGGUGAACGUGAAGAAGAAAAAUGCUAAUAACGAUACGUCUGGCGUCGUUUGCGGUCCUCUUGUCAUGGUGUUCUGCCACAUCUUCCCAUCUGCCGGUUCAGGGUGACGAUCUGCAGCGCACUGUACCGGAAAUCCGAUAUCGGCGAGAAGCGCCUUCACGGACACACGAGAGCCCAUCAGCGACUGCAUCCUCGGGUGCACACGAAGAUGCUUCCAGUCAAGCCCCGGGGACACAUGAGCUGUCUAUCAUUGCAGCUUCCAACCGUCAUGGUCGGCUAACACACCACGGGAUGGACCUCUCCGCCACAGCACACGACCGGGCCGAUCAGCAGCCCGAUCCGGAGUACAUGGAGGACCCGACACACCCGGGCCGCUUCUGGUUCCGGUUUGGACUGAUGGACGCUGUGGAGGGGGCGCCGAGAGGCCGACCCCCUCUGGAGGGUCAGGGAGUGGCACAGAGGGUAGAGGUGGCACCUCCACUGCGCAGGAACGACCAGAUAACGGAGGAAGAGGAGCGGAAACAGACGGGAGAGCGGGUCAGUCAGGCGCCAGAUCAGAAGAGGCCUAACCCGAUACCGGUGCACAAAAAGGAAACGUUCCCGGCGAAGAAAGCUACUUUCCCGAAAAAGCAAGAUGCAUCCCGGGUUACAAUCACCAACUCAUCGCCAGAGAAAGAAAACAAGCUGCCUCCAUUCGUGAACCAUCCCAAUCCCAAUCUGGGAUUGAACCCAAAUCCAGUAUCGUCGCAAAAGCCAAACACACACCAUCCUCAGCAGAGGAUUCCGCCUCCUUCACUUCAGCAGAUUCCGCCUCCUUCUCACCAACAGAUUCCGCCUCCUCCUCACCAACGAAUUCCACCUCCUACCCAGCAGAGAAUUCCGCCGCCUCCCCAGCAGAGGAUUCCGCCUUCUUCCCAGCAGAGGAUUCCGCCUCCUACCCAGCAGAGGAUUCCACCACGGCCUCCGCAGCGGAUCCCUGCACCUCCCCGUCCCCAGCGUCCCUUAUCUCGUCCCUCUGGUGGCAUCCAUGCCAUCCCCGCUCCCAACAACGGCAGACCGGCAGUUCCGAGCGUAAUAACCGGCAGCAGAAGACCCAGCCAGCCCAUUCGCCCUCCUGGGGGUGUCGGCAAUCAUCUGCUUCAAGGUUUUCGUCCGACCACAGUGCCCAGUCGCCGCCGGCCGGUGACUCCCCAAGGCAGACCGGCUCCGCCCCGCAUCAUAACCGCGGCGGAGCGACUGGACAACUCUGCUAAACCGCAGAGCUUUGAUCUGUUCGCCUCCGCAUCACUCAACUUCGGCGGGAGGCCGCCGGUGGCGCCCGGCACGCCCUCGGAUGUCGUGGUGGGGUAUUUCAAAAAGGACGAGCCGAAUGGAGUUCGUGGGGCCAGGCUCUUCAACGAGCUUAACAAAGGUCAACCGGCUUUCCAGCCGCCAGGUCCCGGUUCGCAAGUGCGGCAGGUGAUUCAGGUCGGAGCACAACCCAAGCCAAAUCUCUCGCGUCCGCAGCCUUUUGCACAAAGCCAAGCAAACUUUCACGCCCAUCCCGCGGCUCAGACAAAUCAAGUCGGAAAGCAGCGGAUAGUAGUUCCGUCCCCGGUCCGUCAGAGUCAGACAGUGCAGAGAGUGACAGCCGGUCAGAUUACGAGUGGCGGCCAGGCGCAGCGGACGAGGCCGCCGUCGCACUCGGGUCACCCGAGAAAGCCGCGACCGCCGGCACCGGUUCAGAUUAGCGCGCCAGAGCUUGAUGUAAGAAAACCGGUAGCGACUCAAAGCGACCUGGGUCAUUCGGGUCAGGCGGUGUCAAACGGUGAUGGUUUUACAGUUCAGCAUUCCGAACAGAUAAAGACAUUGCUGGAACAUGAAUCAUCAAGACAGGUACAACAGGAUGCACCACCUAACAGUAGCACAUCAGCACUGGCCGGACAGGCAGACUCAGACAGCAAUCAAGGCAAAAUAGAAAAUAUAGGACACACAGGAGGUCCAUCUGAUGGUCCGGGGGAGUCAGCCAAGCUGAGACCAACACCUAUCCACAGUUCAACGCAGUCCUCUACCAGUGUAGGGUCAGGGAACAUCAGCAUCCCUCCAGGUCAGCCAGAACAAAGGGUAACGAACAACCCUAAGGAGAACCAGAACAGGAAACCUGCCAAUCCUACUCCUGUUCAAAACCACCCCAACAGUCCGUCUUUUCCCGGGAAGGAGGUUCACCGAUUGAGGCCGCCGCCGCCUCUGCCGCCGCAGAAGCACUCACCGCAAGGGAACGGCGGAAAACACAUCGGUAGACCAUCCGCUAACGGGGCUGCUCCAGGUCACUCACCUAAACAUCCUCAACAUCCAAGACCAGGAUCUAAAAGGAAUCAUCCAGUACCAAAGCCAAGACCAGUCAUCCCAGGAGGAAAUGCUCCGCCCUUGAGAGUACCCUCACAGCCACGGAGGCCCAUUGUCCGCCCGCCAGGUUCGCCUGCUCACCCGCGGCCAUCUAGCCGACGAGACGGACCUCGUCUUCCUCCGCGUCCUCCUCCGAAAACCGGCUUGCGCCCUCCUGGAGCUCCCAGGCCUCUGCCGCCCAGUGGAGCCCCAGCCCCUCCGAAAACCGGUCUGCGCCCUCCGACUGGGGCUCCCAGACCUCUGCCUCCCGGCAGAGUCCCGGCUCCGUCCACCGCAGGAGGGCGUCGUCCCAGCGGCCCUCCCCGCCUGCCGAGUAGUGGCCGUCCCACGCCUGGUGUAGGCCCUGCUGCCCGAGUGCCCCUUCAGCCGCCUCAGGGCAGCAGAGAGGCACCAGGGCCGCCAAUCACAGACCGACACGACGGCAGCAGUGCCUUCCACCAGCAGUAUUACCAUGGUAGCGGAGGAGGUAAACAUCCGCAGGCGUUGUCGUACAAUCAAGGGUACAAGUACGUACCGGCUGGUUAUGAAGCCUACCACGGGUACCCGUACAACGUUGAGGGCCACAACUAUGGAAAGGACUUCACGCUUAGCGUACCAGGCUACGGACGAGAUCAAAUUCACGCCCAACGCCCUGCAGUACAGGGUCACGGACAGAAUCAGGGACACAGCCACGGCCUUGGACAAGGUCAUGGAGGUCAAGGAUACAGACACAGUCAUAUGCACGGGCAUGGUCCAGGUCAUGGUCACGAACAUGGGCACGGCGGCCAAAGCUACCCCCGAAUUCCCCACACUCAUGUUCCUCUCUCCUCGCCGCAGCACACGGGUCACUCCCAGGUCCAUCAGGGGCACUCACAUCACACAAACUCGGAGCCAGCCGUGUCUCACAGCUCAUCUGAGCCAGCAAGCUUGUCAGAAGACACCGAUUACUCCACAGGACAAGCCAGCCAAACAAAAGACACUGUAGCAAACCAAACUAAAUUGACUAACGCCACAGAGUCUGAUAACAAUUCUGACAAGGAGACCAAGACAAACGAAGACGGCGAGCCGGGAGCAGAGUACUCGAGCACUGAGUCGAGCUCUAACUCCAGUUCCGACUCGGACGACUCGUCCUCGGACGAAAAGGCCGGUCCGAAAGAGCCGCUAGUGACCUCCGGGAGCUACACGGCCCCGGCACCGGAGCCUGUCCAUGAGGGUGAUUUAGUUCACGAAUAUAGCGAUUAUGAUGAUCACGGUGAUUAUCAUGAUCAUGACGAUUAUCACGACGAUGGCGGCUACGAUGGAUAUGUGGACUCGAGUGGUAAUGACUUUGGUCGUUACCAUUGAUAGGCACGUUUGAUUGGUCUAUCAAUGUUUGUUUGUUUAUCAAUGUUUGCUUGUUUGGUAUGUUUGGUUGUUUGCUUGUGUUUCUUGCCAAGCGUGUCUGCUGCUUUCCUACUGGUACUUGGCUGCUAGUUUUGCUUGGCCAGACCUAUUUGUUUGUUUUCGUUUUUGUUUUUACCUUGCUUGUGUUGAAACUCGCACGCUCAAAAGCACCGCCAGAAUUAGAAUUAAGCACUGGCUGACCAUGUAAAGAAAUAGCCUUUUGCCAGUGAGCAGCACGAUAAACUGAAAUAGGAUUAAAUCGUACGAGUACGAGUCCCAUGUAUGAAUGAAUUGUAUACGGUGUUGUCAUACGAGUAGUGGGUGUUUAUUUAUUUAUCAGAAUGUCAUGUUGUGCUUUUUUUACAUGAUAAUAAAAUGAUCUAUAUAUUGAAGAAUAGUGUUUUAAUUUUGGAAUGCACAUAGGUACGUUUAAUGGCCGAGUGAUUGGCAAUUUUGUCAUGUGCGUACAAAUUCGCGAAUGCGUGAACGCUGUUGUACUUGUAUGUGAAGACGAGUAGCAAACUUAGAGAAGGGAAAUCGUCAAAAGAGUUCGAUGUCCAGCAAAUACGCUCUAUCAAAACGAUUUUCAAUUAAAAAUAACGCAAUAGAAGAGGCUGCAUUGUUGAGAUGAACGGAAAGCAGCGAUGUCAAUAUGAAAUAAAACUCGUUUGCCCUU